UGACGCCGGAGACCCGGUCACGGAUUCUCCCUCAGUUCGGGAGCUGCCAGGUUGCCCGCGCUGGCCUUGCCGCCCGCCCCAGUAGCGCCUAGCCGGAUCUGCCCCUCGCGUCCCAAUUACACCAUGGAUCCUUCGGAGAAGAAGAUAUCGGUGUGGAUCUGCCAAGAGGAGAAGCUGGUGUCCGGCCUCUCCCGCCGCACCACCUGCUCAGACGUGGUGCGGGUGCUUUUGGAGGACGGCUGCCGGCGGCGACGCAGGCAGCGGCGGGGCCAGCGACGGGGGAUGGCGGAGGACCCCUCCAAUCAGUUGGAGCAGCCCGAGCCUCCGGACGAAAACGACGAGGAUGACGACGACGACGUGAUUCCCCAGGGCAUGCUAUGUGGGCCCCCGCACUGCUAUUGCAUCGUGGAGAAGUGGCGCGGCUUUGAGCGCAUCCUGCCCAACAAGACGCGAAUCUUGCGCCUCUGGACCGCCUGGGGCGACGAGCAGGAGAAUGUGCGCUUCGUGCUGGUGCGCAGCGAGGCGUCGCUGCCCAACGCCGGGCCGCGCAGCGCCGAGGCGCGGGUAGUGCUCAGCCGCGAGCGCCCCUGCCUGGCCCGGGGAGCCCCGGCGCGGCCCAGCCUGGCUUUGACCCAGGAGAAGCAGCGGCGGGUGGUGCGCAAGGCCUUCCGCAAGCUGGCCAAGCUCAACCGGAGGCGCCAGCAGCAGCCGCCGUCGCCUUGUUCGUCCACGUCGUCGUCCACCGCCUCGUCCUGUUCGUCGCCGCCUGGGACCCACGAGAGCGCGUCGAUGGAGCGCAUGGAGACGCUGGUGCAUCUGGUGUUGUCGCAGGACCACACUAUCCGCCAACAGGUGCAGCGGCUGCGGGAGUUGGACCGCGAGAUCGACCGCUACGAGGCCAAGGUGCACCUGGAUCGCAUGCGGCGGCACGGAGUCAACUACGUGCAGGAAACGUACCUGGUAGGGGCUGGAAUCGACCUCGACGGGCCGGCCCCUGGAGAGGAGCCCGAGGAGGCGACACUGGCGGAGAAGGGGACGGAGGCGGUGGCACCCCUGGACAGCGAGGCUCAGGCGGCUGCACUGGAGGAGCUGGCCCGGCGCUGCGACGACCUGGUGCGGCUGCAGGAGGAGCGCGCCCAGCAGGAGGAGUUGCUGGAGCGCCUGUCCGCCGAGAUCCAGGAGGAGCUGAACCAGCGGUGGAUGAAGCGGCGCAAUGAGGAGCUGGCGGCUCGAGAGGAGCCCCCGGAGCCCGACGGCGGUCCGGAUGGCGAGCUGCUGCUGGAGCAGGAGCGGGUUAGGACGCAGCUCAGCACCAGCCUUUACAUCGGGCUGAGGCUCAGCACGGACCUGGAGGCUGUCAAGGCUGACCUGGAUUACAGCCAGCAGCAGAGGGACAUCAAGGAGCGCGAGCUGCAGGGCCUUCUCCAGACUUUGCACACUUUGGAGCAGACGGUGGUGAAUGAUGGAGCUGUGGGUUGCGGCGGACCCUCGCGGGAACGUCAGCCUCAAACCUGUGCAGAGAUGUGGGUAGACCAGGCCCGGGGACUAGCUAAGAGCUGCCCCGGCAACGAUGAGGACUCGGAUACUGGGCUGAGCUCCAUGCAUAGCCAAGACUCGGACUCGGUACCCCCUGUGUGCGAAUCCCUUGUGUAGAAGUAGUAGGGAGCAAGUCUAGACGCUUGCAGUCUGCACUGGCCCAGCCUGCUCAGGGACAUGAAGUGAGGCGGUGGGAUGAGCUCAGAGUUCCCAUGGAGGGGUCUCAAGAGUGGAGAGGACAACUGCCGGGCAGCAUGCUCCUCUGACUCAGGAUGAAUGUGGGGGAGGGUCCUGGACAAGGAAGCCCUAAACUUCUUAAGCUUCAGAGGGAAAAGGAGGCAGGAGGUGAGAACCCCUCCCUAUUUUUAAAACACCUUAGGUAAAUCGACGAGGUCCAAGCCCAUUUUCAAAACAAGAAAAAAGAAAAACAUUGUGGACGUUUUAACCACUCCUUUGUAUGGGAAGGACUGAUGACAGCGGGAACUAUGGUCUGUGGCAUAAAGUGCUGUUUGUUAAAAGAAAACACUUGGAUGAAAGGAAAUUCCUUGAAUGUUAAUUGUGACUGGAAACGUGUUAAAACUAGCCAAAGAGGACGCACUAGUGUUGGUCUCUGCCUUGCCUAACAUCUUUGAUAAAACCCAUAGACACCCAAAUCCUGACUGUUUACAUUUCUUCAGGUUUGGGAAUUACCCAUCUGCUAAAUCAUUUGCCUUUUAUUUCUGUCAAAGGCCAAACCGCACUGCAAUCUAAGGCUGGGUUUCUCCCUACUAAAUACAAUGUGUUAAAAGCCCCCCACCCCUACCUCGACUCCACCCCAAACGUAGCCCUUUUGAAUUAUAAGAUCCUGGCACACAUAAUCCAGGGUAAAAAUGUCGUCUGGCUCUUUGGGAUGUGUUUCUGCAAAGGCAGAGGUGCUGUCUUCUAGUUCAUGAUGUCUAUUCAUUGACUAUCCAAUGACAGUUAAGAAAAAAAGGGGAGCUGCAGAAUGAGGCACAGCCCGGUUUGCUGUUUUAACUAUAACUUGAAAGCAAAGAUCUUUGCAUAGUGUUUAGAUGUUAAGUCCAGCACUAUGAUUAAAAUCAACCGUGACCUUCAUGAAAUUUACCCAGAUCCAAGUCCAACUUCAGUAUCUUUGGCUGGAGUUAAGGUUCUGGUUCAAGUAAACUGCAAGUGCCAAUUAACUUCAAGUGCAAACACCAGUGUUUACUAGCUAAGGCCUCCAAAGAGGGGGGUGGCAAUCUGAUAGGCCACCAUGUGUAACCAAAUAGAUUAACCAUGACAGGGAGCCAUGGUAAAGACGUAUGAAAGUGAGCUAAGAACUUGAGUUGCUCCUGUCUGGCUGCCUCUCUGCUCGUGGCAGGGGAGAUAUAAGGGUGACAUUGUCUCCUGUAGCCGGUGAUAGUGCGGGGGGUGCUCAGUGUAAUUGUUCCAGAUAUUUCAAUAGGAACUUACCAGUUGUCGGAAGCUGUUUGGCCCGUGGAAGGAGCCUGCUGGUCCAUUUCCCUGUGGAGCCCAGUACUUUCUGAGGAAUGUGGAUCUAAUGUGUCUGGAGGAGGUAAUAACAAUGGGGUGUGUGUGUUGCCAGCGAGGUACAGAAGGCUGGUGUCAACUGAACUAGCGAGGGGCUGG